UUUACAUCUCUAAAAAAAUAUCUGUAUUAUUAUUAUAAAAUAUUUGGAGCUCUAUUGCAAGAAGAAUUCUCAUUCCUCAGCAAGAUUUGUUGUAGCAAAUUACAUGGAAGAAGCAAGUGAAAGCAAGAAGAUUUUAAUAAGUGGCGUAAGCCAAGGCUUAGGAAGAGCCUUGGCAUUGGAAUUGGCUAGGCGUGGCCACACUAUCAUAGGCUGUUCUCGCAAUCAAACCAAGUUGGAUUUACUUCAACCAAUUCUCUCCACCAUCUCUCCACAUAACCACUUACUCCUUAAUGUUGAUGUGAGGUCGGAUGAUAAAGUUAAAGAGAUGCUACAUACAAUCGUGGAGAAAAUUGGAGUUCCCGAUAUUAUUGUAAACAAUGCUGCAAUGAUCAAUGUGAAUGCAAAGAUUUGGGAGAUUAGUAGAGAAGAGUUUGAUGAUGUGAUUGACACAAAUAUAAAAGGAACAGCUAAUGUAUUGCGUCAUUUCAUUCCUCUUUUGCUUCCAAAAAACAAAGGCAUUAUUGUCAACAUAAGUUCUAUAUUUGGAAGGAUAGGAGCUGGCCUGGUUUCACCCUAUUGUAGUUCAAAGUGGGGAAUUGAAGGUUUAAGCAAAUCAAUAGCAAAUGAAUUGCCAAAUGGAAUGACAAUUGUUGCAUUGGAUCCUGGGAUUAUACAUACAGAAAUGCUUUUGUCCAGGUUGGGCAAUAUUGCUUCUCAAUACCAAUCUCCCGAACAAUGGGCUUUGAAGGCAGCUACGAUGAUUCUGAAUCUUACAAAUGUGGAAAACGGUGCAUCUCUCACUGUGGAGGACCCAGGAACUCUUCCAAUGUAGUCAUUUCAAAUAACCCUUUAUGGAGAAAGCCAUGCAAUCAACGUCACUAGUUUGCUUCAACUAAUAUGGGAGCAAAACCAUUGUAUCUUUUUUCUUUUUCUUUUUCUUGCGGGAAAA